CCCUCCCCUGAGACAGGGAGAAUUGCAGGGAGAAAUGUCAUGUGUCUCAGUAAAUGGCCUAAUCGAGCUGUUGGGAAACCUGUGUCACAGUGGCUUUGACUCUGCCACUGAGUGAGUGUUUUUUGUACAACACAGAAUUGGUGUCACAGGUUCCUUUGGGAGGGGUAUUGUCCAGAAGGAAUGAUCUAUGGAAGAAAUGAAGAGGAAGGGAGUUUAAUCAUGUUGCUGCUUGUGAAGGUGAAUCACAGGUCUGCUUUGGAAUUCACUGUAACACACAUUGACUGAUCAGGAAGUGUAACAAGUUACUUGGACACAGCCAGGGAGUGUCAGCUUCUCUACCAAGACGGGUAAGAAAAUAAAUGAGCCAAAAAAUGGAAGAAGAUGAUAGAGUGGGCAGCAAUGUUGCUGACAUACCAUGUGACUCACCGUUGAAACCCCUAACAGAGGAAAGUAAAAAUAUAAGCUGCGUUGGUGCCCCAGAGCAGGGGUCAAAGACGGAAUGCGAUGGUCGUAAAGUAGAGAGACCAUCUGAAUGCAGCCCAGUAGAAGUCGAGAAACCAAAGAUUAAGAAGUUGUGUGGAUACCUGCAUAAGCUUGGCAUGAAAGGACCCCUCAAGGCGUGGAAGUAUCGCUUCUUCUCGUACGAUGAUAAGAAAUGUCACCUGACUUACUUCAGGAUUGCUACCGAUGUAUGCCCUUUAGGAAGCAUUGACGUGUCCUCUGCUACGUUCGACGUGAAAUUGGAAAUGGAAGAAGGAACCUUUGAAAUCAGAACUCCAAACAAAGUCUUUAUUUUGAAGGCCGUUAACAGUCACGCCAUGAUGUACUGGCUGCAGCAGCUACAAAUAAAACGCUGGGAAUUUUGCAGAGCGGAGACUGGAACGAACAUUGGGACAGCACCAUCUUCUGAAAUGACUGUCCGUGAAUCUGAUCCACCCGAUGCAAGUGACGAAUUUGACUUUUUACCACCCGUGAAAACUCCAACUGAAGUGGUGGGUUUAACAAUUGCUGCAUUACCUGCCCCCCAAGAAUCAAUAUCCCUUCAAAAUAUCUCCUUAAAGCACCCAUGGAAAGAAAUACAGAAUACGGUGCGUAGUUUAUGUACUUCAAAACCUAGUGCAGGAAAUAGCAUUUUUCACUUUGACAAGAUAGACGAAGUGACCGAAGAAAAAACAGUAAAGGAAAAUCAUGGAUUAGAAGUCAUCACAAAGCCAGUUCCAAAGUUGUCUCCUUCUUUAAACUUUGGCAGAAAAGCCAGAAGACAAAACGGCAUUGCGGCUUCGAGCCACGAUUUGGCAACUACAGAAAUGGGCACUGUUGAGAAGUUUAGCAGUCCCCAGCAUCAAAUCAAAGCCCUUACCAGAGAUCUGGAGUCCCAGAAGAAACUUGUCACACUUCUGCAUCGAGCGAUUGAGUCUGCACAGCAGGAGAAGCGAGCGUGUGAUAAUUACUUGAAUGUUCCAGAGGAAAAGGACAGACUGGAACUCGUGAGGCACAAGGUUAGGCAAAUGGAAGAUCUUAGACAGCGUGUGGAGGUGCUGGAAAAAGAAAAUAAGGAGAUGCAGCAAUCGGCCAGACUUCAGGAUAUUCAUAUUACAGAAUUAAAGGAGCACAUACAGAUGCUGAUGGAGAAGAACUGUGCAAAACAAGAAGUAAUCUUAAAACAAACAGAACAACUCCUUAAUCAAAAUGACACGGAAAUUGUCAAAGGCAACACCUGUGUAACGCUACAGCAGCUAUGGAAGAAAAUUGACUGCUUAUCGGAUGAUAUAGAGGCUUAUAAAACUCAGAACAGGUUUUUAAACUCUGAAAUACUUCAACUCACAAAUCUCUGGAGAAAUGCUGCUGAAAAGGACAAAGUGCUGCUUAUGAAGUGUUCUUACCUGGAAGCUAGGAAUUGUCAAAUUGAAAGCAAGUACUUAAUCGUGCUGAGAAAGUUGCAGGAAGCAUUGCCGUACCUGGAUGCAGAGUACCGUGGAACGAUUAAAAGCCUCGUAGAAGAUGCUCUGGAGGUCAAUAUGAAAGAUGGUAUAGACCAGACAUCUGUGAACUUUAAUCCGAUUAGUGAGUAUGACGAUUAUGGCUUCACGAUCAUCCCUAAAUACGAAGUGGAACACUUGAGGCUUCUAGCCAAAAUCCAAGCCUUGGAAAUCCGGUCGAUUAAGCUUCUGACACAAGAUGUGGUGGACAAGUCUUUAAAAACGAAAUGGGACAAUAUUGAAGACUUGGCUCAUUCAGGGGAGCUGAAGAACCUGGUGAGAUGUGGAAUUCCAACAGAACAUCGCAAACGUGUGUGGAUGUGGCUUAUCAACGGCCGGGUCAACAUUAGGGCCAACCAUUAUGCCCAGCUUCUGAAGAAGUGUGAGAACUCUCCUCAUCCAGCCACUCAGCAGAUUGAACUAGAUUUACAUCGGACUUUGACCAACAACAAACAUUUCACUUGUCCAACCUCAGAGUUCAUCCACAAACUCAGAAGAGUUCUCCUUGCAUUUUCCUGGCACAACCCCACCAUUGGUUAUUGCCAAGGUCUGAACAGGUUAGCUGCUGUGGCACUUUUAGUCUUGGAAGAAGAGGAGAGCGCAUUUUGCUGCUUGGUUGAUAUUGUGGACAAUAUAAUGCCGGCAGACUACUACAGUAAUAAUUUAUCCGGAUCCCAGGUGGAUCAGAGGGUAUUCAAGGACUUUUUGUCAGAGAAGCUCCCGAGAUUGACUUCUCACUUCCAGCAAUACAAGAUUGACCUGUCCUUAAUCACUUUUAACUGGUUUCUUGUUGUCUUUGUUGACAACUUAGUCAGUGAUAUUUUACUCCGUGUUUGGGACGCUUUCCUCUAUGAAGGAACAAAGGUCAUCUUUCGCUACGCGCUGGCAAUCUUUAAAUAUAAUGAAGAGGAGAUCUUAAAGUUUAAUGAAGAAUCGGACAUCUACCACUAUCUCUCAUUCUUCACCAAGACAAUCUGUGAUGGCAGGAGACUAAUGAACAUCGCCUUUAAUGAAAUGAACCCAUUCCGGUUAAAGAUCUUAAGGAAUCGGCGUGCCGCCCAUAAAGAAAAACUGAAAAUGGAAUUUGUUGAAUUGGAAAAGAUGAAAGAGGAAUAUACCAAGACAAAAGAAGAAAUUAAAAGAACAGAACUGGACAUGGUAUUAAGUGAAGAGGAAGAAGAGACGUGAUAAAAUGUUAUAUCAAUAAUUGAGUCUGCG